AGAGGAAGUUGCGAAGCCAAAGCUGUAAUCUUCAAGCUAGCUGUAGUUUUGCGCCGCCCUAAACUGAGAGAAGGGGAAUAACAGGAACAAGCGUCCAUAGUAUUUCAAUUUAUAUUGCAGAUUUGCCAGCUAUUGCAGCAGAGUCAACCACGCCGGUAUUUGCUCGCGAGUUGUUUGGCGUGUCGACCCGAGCAGAUGAGGAGACCAUGAUAAACACCCUGUGCAUUCGCCAGCCACAGUGUAGCUAACGUUAGCUACAGAACUGGCUAGUCAGGUAGCUAAUGUUGGCUCAAAGUUGUAAUUAAGCCGACACUAAAAGUGAACUGAAGAAACCAUCUGAGCCAGCUAAACAUGGCCUCAGAGGAGGCAUCGCUGCGUGCACUGGAGAGUCUUAUGACGGAGUUCUUUCACAACUGUACGACCAAUGAGCGAAAGAGAGAAAUAGAAGAGCUGCUGAAUAACUUUGCGCAGCAGACUGGAGCAUGGCGGCACUGCUUGUUCUUCCUUUCCAAUACUCGGAAUGAGUACGUAAUGAUGUACAGUCUGACAGUAUUUGAAAACCUGGUGAACAAGAUGUGGAUUGGUGUUGCUUCACAAGAUAAGAUGGAGAUCCGCAGCUGUCUGCCCAAACUCCUACUUGCUCAGUACAAAUCUGUGCCCUAUUUCAUCCGUAACAAACUCUGCAAAGUUAUCGUGGACAUUGGUCGCCAAGACUGGCCAAUGUUCUACCAUGAUUUCUUCACAAACACCCUUCAGUUGAUUCAGUCUCCAGCGUUGGCUCACUUGGGGUUGGUGAUGUUGAAAACCACAUCAGAGGAGCUUGCAUGUCCUCGAGAAGAUCUUAGUGUUGCUAGAAAAGAUGAGCUGCGUAAACUGCUGCUGGAGCAAGUCCCAACUGUACUUGGACUGUUGACUGGUAUCCUCGAGACCUUUUGGGACAAGCACAGUGUUAUAGCUUCCACACCACCUCCCUCACCCACCUCAGGAGAAAGCAUGGAAUUGCUGGGCAGUUUGUUUCAGAGCAGCCAGUACUCAAAGCUGCUUUGCCAGCCCAUGGCAGCAUUGGACAAUGAGAGCCAGCAGCUGUGCUGUCUUGUUUUGGAGUGUUUGGCCCAUCUGUUCAGCUGGAUUCCUCUGUCCACAAGCAUCACACCCUCCCUGCUGGCGUCCAUUUUCUAUUUUGCACGUUUUGGUUGUGAUCUCCAGACAAAGGCCAAGAUGGGAUCCUUCAUCUCCUCCAAUUCUUCCUCUAAUGGUCAACUUAACCCUGGGACAAUGGCACCCACGUCAAACGGAGGUGGGAGAAAUGGACACCAAAGUGAGGGCAGUAAAGUGGCUCGUGCCCGGCUUGGUGUUCUCGCCAUGACUUGUGUUAAUGAACUGGUGUCAAAGAACUGUGUGCCAUUGGAUUUUGAGGAGUACCUGCUGCGCAUGUUCCAGCAGACCUUCUUCCUUCUGCAGAGGCUGACACGAGAAAAUAAUGCACAUACGGUUAAAACCCGCCUCCAGGAGCUUGAUGAGAGUUACUUGGAAAAGUUCACAGAUUUCCUGCGACUCUUUGUCAGUGUUCACUUGAGGCGGAUUGAGUCGAGUCCUCAGUUUCCAAUUGUCGAGUUUCUUGCUCUGCUUUUCAAAUACACCUUCAACCAGCCUACUCAUGAAGGCUACUUUGCCUGCUUGGACAUUUGGAGUGUGUUUUUGGACUUUUUAACAACUAAAAUCAAAAGCAGACUAGCAGACAGAGACAGUAUCCUGAAUAGGUACAAAGAUGCCUUAGUUCUCUUGUUAAGGGAAGUUCUGAAUCGAAUACAGUUCAGAUACAAUCAGGCCCAGUUAGAAGAGCUUGAUGAUGAGACUCUGGAUGAUGAUAAACAGACAGAGUGGCAGAAGUACCUGCGUCAGAGUUUGGAGGUGGUUGCCAAGGUGAUGGAGUUGCUCCCAUCCCAUGCAUUCUCUGCUUUGUUUCCAGUCCUUCAAGAAAAUUUGGAGGUGUACCUGGGUUUGCGGCAGUUUAUUGUCACCACUGGCACCAGUCGCAGGCUCAAUAUCACUGCAGAGAAUGACUGCCGUCGACUACACUGUUCUCUCAGGGACCUCAGCUCCCUACUUCAGGCUGUCGGACGCUUGGCUGAGCAUUUUACCAGUGACGUUUUUGCUGCACGUUUCAGUGACACUCUGGCUGUGGUGGAGAGGUUGGUUGAAGUGACAUGUUAUGGCUCUCAGACCAGUCUUUACGACCUGGAGACCGCUGUGCCUUCUGUGCUCAAGCCAGACCUCACUGAUGUACAUGCACAGGCCCUCGCUGCUUUGCAGGCUUACUCUCACUGGCUUGCACAGUUCUACAGUGAAGUCCACAGUCAAAACCAGAGCCAGUUUAUCAACCUCAUCACAUCUGCUAUAGAUGCCACCAGCCCUCUCAUCACAACUAAGGUACCCGACAAGCUGCUGCUUUCAGCGUGCCAUCUGAUGGUUUCCAUCACAUCAACAGUGCGUCCUGUGUUCCUGGUCACUCUGCCAGCUGUUCAGAACAUCUUCAACCUCAUUACUACAGAGAACCGGACCCACAGACUUCCCCAAGAGGCUCACACGUUGGUUUGUAGAGCUUUAUCGAACAUGCUCCUGCUCCCGUGGCCAAAUUUACCAGAGAGUGAGCAGCAGUGGCAAACACGCUCCAGCAAUCAUGCUAGCCUUGUGGCAGCCCUCACACGAGAAUAUCGACUUUUAAGAGGGACAGUUAACAUUACUCCACGCCAACCUGCGCUGGAUGACGUGAAAGCAGUGAUACAGCGGACACUGCCUGUGCUCAGAGACAUCGUGGACAGCAUCUCUGGGGAACCCACCAAAUCACGCCAGAUCUGCUAUCAGAGUCUUCAGGAGUCUGUCCAAGUGUCCCUCAGCCUUUUCCCAGUGUUUAUUCAACAACAAGAUGUGACGGAUGAGAUGCUGGCCUUCUUCCUGACGCUGUUUCAGGCGUUGCGAGUCCAGAUGGGCGUAACCUUCACUGGUCAAAUCAUUCAUACGUUCCUCAGCAUGUUCACCAGGGAACAGCUAGCAGCCAGUAUUUUGCAAGAGGGCAGUGCAGGGUGUAGAGUGGUGCAGAAGUUCCUGAAAAUCCUGCAGGUGGUGGUGCAAGAGCCUGGUCAAGCUUUUAAACCCUUCCUACCCAGCAUCCUCUCUCUGUGCAUGGAGCAGGUUUAUCCAGUGGUGGCAGAGCGAUCUUCCCCAGAUGUCAAAGCAGAGAUGUUUGAGUUGCUUUACCAAAUACUUCACCAAAACUGGAGGUACUUUUUUAAAGUGUCAGUCUUAAUCAGUGUGCAAAGAGGAGCUGUUGAUGAUACCAUGGAAAACGAAGCCCAGUUCACAGCUGCCAUGCAGGCUUUUGGGCAGUCUUUCCUGCAGCCUGACAUCCACAUCUUCAAGCAGAAUCUCUCCUAUUUGGAGUCACUUAACAGCAAGCACAAGUUGUAUCACAGAAAGCUUUUCCGGACCUCGAUGCUGUUCCACUUCAUCAACGUCCUACUGCAGGUCCUUCUCCACAAAAGCCAUGACCUCCUUCAGGAGGAAAUCACCCUUGCCGUUUACAACAUGGCCUCUGUAGACUUUGAUGCCUUCUACUCGGCCUUCAUGCCAGAGUUUCUCAACAGCUGCCAGGGAGUAGACACCAGCCAGCGAGCUGUUCUUGCCCGCAACUUCAAGCUUGAACAGGACCUGCCCUCGUUCACACAAAGCGUGCAGCGGCUGGUGAAUGACCUUCGCUACUAUAGACUGUGUAAUAGUAGCCUGCCCACUGGCACCAUCAAGCUAUAGCACCAAUGACUGUUUUAACCACUCCACACAUCAUUUAUGAUCUUCAAGGACUGCCUGUGCUGACCACUUUGCCCAACACUCCUCCUCCAACCUGGUGUUACUCCACCUACAAAGAAAAGUAGUAGAAAGGAAAACACGCAUGAUGUUGUCGAGUACAUGGAGGUUGAGGUUGCUGCUGAUGUUUUUCUUUGAUUUCUACUGUAGAAGGUCGGUGCAUUAUUUUUUUAAUAAAGCAGUGCCCUCCUUAUGUAUUGCCACUGAUAAUUUGGUAAGAAAUAUAAACAUGGUCUGCAGUUGGCUUUUGCCCAGACCUGGAGCAGUCUGAGCCAGGCCUUCUUUCCCACGCCUCUGGAAACACAGCCGAGCUGGGACUUAGCACUUUCAACUCAUUGUGAGUUUUUAAAAAUGUCUGCUUUUAUUCAUUUUGCCUUUUGAUUUUUUUUUUUCUUUCUUCAUCUCCAAAGGAGACAAACGCUCAACUUAAGAUCUUUCAUAUCAUUCCAUUCUGAUAAAGAGAAAAUCUGCUUGAUUUAAAUAAAGUGCUUUUUUUUAGUACAA